GCCUUCCUUUGUUCCCUUUCCCUAGUACUACUUACUGCCGCUUAAGUGCCCAACAAUAAUAUAUCCGCGCAUAACCACUCCAAACCUCAUCUACUAGUAUUGAUUCAUCCACCCUACACCUCCUCCAACAGACAAAGAAAUAUAAUGCGCCCCUCAACCCGCCUGAUUCUCCUCACCACACCCCCCGCCAUCCUAACCUACACCACUCAUCGCUACCUCUCCACCCUCGAAGCCAAAUAUCCCCCCAUCGACCCAACCACCACCACAAGCCUCGCUCUCCGCACCCCCAGCAAUGCAACAACCCAACACUGUCCCGAAAUCGACGUCUACGAGGCCAGACACAUACCCGUGAAAUCGCUACUAAAGCGAUACUCAACUCUUCUCCAAGCUCAGCACACCGAAACCCAUGACUUUAAGAAUUCGAAUAAAGCAACCCUAACAAACGCCUGGAUCCUCACCUUCCUCAACACCCGUCCGUUGAUAGUCGAAGGCAGCAUCAUCGGCUUAAUCAAAAACAAAUCCUACAAUCCAGGAGAUACGGGCCUCACUGACCCGGAGUUCAUCACUACAUCCACGAACACAUCUACAUACAUUUCCAGAUUCGCAUCCAUCUUCACCACCCCGAAACCCCAAAUUUCAGACCACACAAAAGAAAAAGCAAAAGGAGGGGGCCGCCCCCUCCUGAACUCCGCCCUCACAGUCCAAGCAUCCUCCCCCACAACAGGCCUCCUCGUAUCAUGGCACAUGCCGGACGAACCGCGCCUCUUCUUCGAGAAAAUAGCCCGAUGGGGAUACCCAUGGCGACUGAUGAGCGGGGGCCGACACGAGAUCAACAUCUCAGAGGUGUAUAUGUACCAGGGGGAGGAAGUAGUAGAUGUACGGUUUGCGUCAGCGCAUGAUUAUGAGGUAGUAGGUGAUGAAGAACCGAAGCAGAAGAUUGUUCCUGCUUGGGUGGGCAGGUUGCAUCGCGGGUAUGCGAGGGCGUUGGUGGAUUGGGCUGUGAGUGAUUUGGCCGAGGCUUGAAGUAAGUAUAUUUUGGCUUGAACGUGAUCUCCGCUCUGUACAGUAUAUAUAUACCAUUGUUUAUGUUUAGUGCAUAUCUCAUCUCAACUCAUCUCAUAUAAUAUCAUCACAUCACAUCACAUCAAAUCAAAUCAUCUACUACUAAACGGAGCUAGUGGAAAGAGAAGAAAGAAUGUUAACAAUCCCCCCCAUGCUCAACAACCCCCCACCCCUUCCACCCCCAAUACUUGACACACACUUCCCAUCCAUCGCGAAUGACCUCUACCCUCCCGCUUCCAUUUCCGCUCCCGCAUACAUCAUACAGACAUAGAUCAUAUGUCGUUGCGCCGGGACUCUUCCAUGAAAAGGUGUCCACCGCGGAUACAUUCACGCUGGCGUCGUCGAGAGUCUCGCAUCCAUCUGUGCCUGAGACGCCUUGUCGGUGGAAGAUGGAGAGGUCGAAGCUGGUGGUGUUGGGGUCGCAGCCUGGUUUGAAGAGGCGGAGGUCCCAGUUUUUGAAGCGGAGAAUAUCAAGGGAGGAUGUAUAUGCUGUGGGAACGAAGAGGAGGGUGGUUAUGGUGGGGAGGAGAUUGAGCUUCAUUUUUUGAUACUACUGAGUAAUCACAGUAACUAUUCUUGUGAAGGGACGGAGGAAGAACGUGGUAGAGAUA